AUGAAUGAACUCCCGAGCGUCUUGUGGGCACUACGCACCACCCCCAAGACCACGAUAGGAGAGUCCCCUUACAGCCUCGCGUUCGGAACCGAAGCCGUUCUGCCACCCGACGUAGCCAUUGCCACCCUUCGGACGAGAAGCUAUGACGAGGAAGUCUCGAAUGAGGGACUUCGUGCCAGCCUCGACGUGCUCGAGGAGCGAUGCGCCGACGCACACCUGAAGGCCCUCUCUUACAAGAGAGCCAUCACAAGGGUCGACAACAGGAAGGUACGACCCCGACCGGUUAAGUUAGGCGACCUGGUCCUACGAAAGACCGAGGUUAGCGACCCGACCUGA